CGGGCGUGCCCCGGAAGCAGUUCUUUGGCCUCCUGACACGUAGCAACGGGGCCAGUACCGGGUCCUGAGCCGAGUUUGGGGGCUGCUGGGGGCUGCGGGAGCUAGCGCCACCGCCGCCGCCGCGUUUGAUCAUUUGCCAUGUCAGGCUUUGAAAACCUAAACACGGAUUUCUACCAGACGAGUUACAGCAUCGAUGACCAGUCACAGCAGACCUAUGACUAUGGAGGAAGUGGAGGACCCUAUAGCAAACAGUAUGCUGGCUAUGACUAUUCGCAUCAAGGCCGAUUUGUCCCUCCAGACAUGAUGCAGCCACAACAGCCUUACACGGGGCAGAUUUUCCAGCCAACUCAGGCGUAUACUCCAACUGCACCUCAGCCGUUCUAUGGAAACAACUUUGAAGAUGAGCCACCUUUGUUAGAAGAAUUAGGUAUCAAUUUUGACCACAUCUGGCAAAAAACACUGACAGUGUUACACCCGUUGAAAGUAGCAGAUGGCAGUAUCAUGAAUGAGACUGAUUUGGCAGGACCAAUGGUUUUUUGCCUUGCCUUUGGAGCCACUUUGUUACUGGCUGGCAAAAUCCAGUUUGGCUAUGUAUAUGGCAUCAGUGCAAUUGGAUGCCUGGGAAUGUUUUGUUUAUUAAACUUAAUGAGUAUGACUGGUGUUUCCUUUGGUUGUGUGGCAAGUGUCCUUGGAUAUUGUCUUCUUCCCAUGAUCCUACUUUCCAGCUUUGCAGUGGUAUUUUCUUUACAAGGAAUGGUAGGAAUCGUUCUCACUGCUGGAAUCAUUGGAUGGUGUAGUUUUUCUGCUUCCAAGAUUUUUAUCUCUGCAUUAGCCAUGGAAGGCCAACAGCUUCUGGUAGCGUAUCCUUGUGCUUUGUUAUACGGAGUCUUUGCCCUCAUUUCCGUUUUUUGAGCCGAGUUUAUCUGGAAUGUGGACAUCAUUGGGCCAUAUAUCAAAAAGGACUUGGAACUCUUAAAUCGGACCAGCAAACUGCAAACCACAGUGCAACUCUCAGCAGAUCUGAUGUUUGACUCUUGGAGCAAUGGAAGUAAACGUGUAUCUUUUGUUCAUUUUUAUAGAACUUUUGAAUACUAUAUUGGAUUUAUCUGCGGUUGACUAGGUUUAAGGGUUUGUGCUUGUACAGAUAAGUGCUAUUUCUUUCCUGUUCAUGCAGCCUUAGAGGAACAACAUUUUUUGUUGCUAAUUAUAUAUUACAAUGUUUUGAUAGAUUUUUAUCAACUAUGGGAAACCAACCACAGACUUGAUAGUCUUUCUUAAAAACAACCCAUAGUAAAGAAGAUGUGAAACUCGAGAAAUGUUUUUCCAAGGAGCUAGGAAAGAAAAAUUGCCUGUAUUCUCACAUCAGAUGCAUUGAAGCAAAAAAGUGAUCCCAGUUGUAAAGUUUUAUGAGUUUGCACUUCAGAAUUUGACAUUCCUCUAAAUUAUCUCAUGGAAUUUUGGCUAAAAUUCAGCAGUACAGUUAAUUCACAGUCUGCCUUAUUGUAGACAUGAAAUGUGAAAAUGUUUAGACGUUAGCGUUAACUAAACCAUAGUGACCCAGCCUGGCUGCAUUAAUGCUCAGAGGUGGAUCUCUGUGUCCCAGGAGAAAGAAAGUCACUAACCUUUUUUGAGAAAAAUACUUAAUGUCAGUUUUGGUAUUGCAAUUAUCAAUGUAAACUGCAUUUGAUGCUUAUUAUUAAAAUUUUCCCAGUUAAUUUAAA